GUACAAUUUACCGGUUCGAUAGUUUGAUUAGUUGUGUCGAUUUCUAAUUUCGGGGUGCGAUGUUGAUGUUGGGGUUUCGGACUUCGUUUUCUGGCUUUCAGAGUUCGUUUUCUGGUAUUUUCCGGAGCGUAGUUUAUCUGUUGAAAUCACAAAAUCUCGAUGGGGAGAAAGAAGCCUACCGCACGUGAUGAUGAGAUUCAGGACGGUGGAGGGAAAUCGAGGAAGAAGGCGGUGGUAGUUGACGACGAUGAGUACUCCAUAGGAACGGAAUUAUCUGAGGAACAGCAGGUUCAAGACGAAAAAAUCGCACCAGUUGGUGGAAAGAAGAAGGGUAAGAACGGAGCUUCUAAGAAUUCACAGCAGAAAGACGAGGAUGUAGAAAAAGAAGACGAGGAUGAUGAUGAUGCACCAGCUGUACAAUUUGCGGGGAAGAAGAAGUCUAGAUCCAAAAAGAGUGGGAGCAGCACUUCGUUUAGCUCUUCGAGCUUUGGGUUGCUUGGAGAGGUGGACGACGACGACGACGACGAGUCUGCAGUUACACGUGAUAAUGAUGAUGGUGUUGACAGUGACGAUGAUGAUGAGCCUGUAGUAUCUUUUUCUGGGAAGAAUAAGUCAUCUAAGUCGGGAAAAGGUAAUAGUAACAGGGUGAGGGCGUCUGCUUUUGGUGCAAUUGCGGAUGAUGACGAGGAAGGUGGGGACGCUAUUGAUAACUCAGUAACGGAGAAGCAAUCUGAUUUCGAUGACGAUGUGGUUAUUUCUUUUUCGGGGAAGAAAAAACAUUCUAAAUCCAAUAAGAAGAGCAGUGCCAGUGUGUCCGCUGGUUCUGGUAUUGAUGAGCUUGAUUGCGGGGGAGAAACCAAGGAUGAAGUAAAAGAAGAAGAAGAAGAAGAUGAUGGUGAUGUUGCUGCAAUAAGUUUCUCUGGUAAAAAGAAGUGGUCUUCAAGUUCUUCAAAGAAGAGUAGUGAAAUCUAUAGUGAUGCUUUAAUUGAUGAAGAAACUGAGGAGGGCACAUCUUUUACAAAUGAUGACUCUGCCAAUCUGGAUGAACAUACAUCAGAAGUUAUGUUUUACGGCAAAAAGAAGUCAUCCAAAAAGAAGAGUAAUAGUGUUUUCAGUGCGCUUGAAUCUAGGCUUGGAGAUGAAUCAAAUGUGGACCCAGGAGAGCCUAGUGUGGUUGUUUAUGGUAAAGAAGCUGAUGAUUCCAAAACUAACAAACGGGUGAUUGAAGAUGUUGUAGAAACUUCAAAGAACAAAAAGAAGAAGAAGAAGAGUGGGAGGACUGCUCAAGAAGAGGACGACUUAGAUAAACUUCUGGGAGAGCCCGGUGAAGGGAGUACUGUGGCAAAACCAGCUCCAGCUCCUCCUCCUCCUCCUCCACAAGAGAAUAAAGUUCAGACUCAGCUUGAAUCUCUUGGUUUGGUUGAUGCUUCACUUGAAAAGGAAGCUGAAGAAGAAGGAGGUGUGGAAUCUGCUGCUGCAAAGAAGAAGAAAAAGAAGAAAGAAAAAGAGAGAGAGAAGAAGGCGGCUGCAGCGGCUGCGGCUGCAACUACACCGGCAGAGGAAUUAAGGCAAGAAAAACAGGAAGAUGCAAACAAUGAAACAAAAGGAAAAGCAACAGAUAAGAAAGUCCCAAAGCAUGUAAGGGAGAUGCAGGAGAGGCUGGCUAGGCUUAAGGAAUUGGAGGAAAAGAAGAAGAGGGAAGAAGAGGAGAAGUUAAGGAAGGAAGAGGAAGAGCGAAGGAGGCAGGAGGAACUCGAAAGGCUAGCCGAAGAGAAGAAGCGUUUGAGAAAGGAAAAGGAAAAGGAGAAACUUCAGAAGAAGAAACUGGAAGGAAAGCUAUUAACUGGGAAACAAAAGGAAGAAGUGCGGCGACUGGAGGCAAUGAGGAACCAAAUACUUGUUAAUGCCGGAGGUUUGCCCGUUGCUGCUGGUGCUCCCACAAAACGACCCAAGUAUCAAACAAAGAAAAAAACACAUAACUCUCAAGCAAAUGGCGUGGCCUCUGAAAAGGCAUCUGAAAGCACAGAAGCAAUGGAGGAUCAGCAGGAAUCUGUGGCUGAGGUUGAGUCCUUGGAAAUAGAGGGGGUUCAGGAAGUGGAGACCGUGAAUGUGGAGGAGAAAGCAGAAGUUGUUACUGAUGUGGUUGAAGAGAAUGUAAUUGAAGAAGAUGAUGAUGAAGACGAAUGGGAUGCAAAGAGUUGGGAUGAAGCUGAUCUUAAUCUGCCUGGUACAAGUGCCUUUGCCGAUGAAGAGGAUGAAUCUGAGCCUGAACAUGUGGGUAAGAAGGAGGCUUCAACUUCAAAGGCAGCAGUUGUUGCCCCCAAAGUUACCACAACCUUACCUGUUAAAUCUCUUGAUGGUGAUAGUAAGAAAAGCCGGCCUGAGGCAGAUUCUGUGGAUACAAAUAAGGGUAAAGAACCAAAAUGCAAGAAGGAACCGCAAACUCCGGAUGCUCAGCGUAACCAGAGUGAAGCUGACCUCCGAUCCCCAAUUUGCUGCAUUAUGGGUCAUGUUGAUACGGGAAAAACCAAGCUGCUUGAUUGUAUCAGAGGCACUAAUGUUCAGGAAGGUGAAGCCGGAGGGAUUACUCAACAAAUUGGUGCAACGUAUUUUCCGGCUGUGAACAUACGGGAGAGAACAAAGGAACUGAAAGCUGAUGCGAAGCUAAAGGUCCCAGGUCUUUUAGUUAUCGAUACCCCUGGCCACGAAUCGUUCACUAAUUUAAGGUCCCGGGGUUCAGGUUUAUGUGACAUUGCAAUCUUGGUCGUUGAUAUAAUGCAUGGCCUAGAACCACAGACUAUUGAAUCACUCAAUCUUCUGAAAAUGAGGAAUACAGAGUUUAUUGUGGCAUUGAACAAGGUGGACCGACUUUAUGGGUGGAAAUCUUGCCGGAAUGCACCAAUUGUUAAGACAAUGAAGCAACAAUCAAAAGAUGUUCAACUUGAAUUUAAUAUGAGGGUCACUCAGGUUAUUACUCAGUUCAAGGAACAAGGAUUAAAUACUGAGUUGUAUUACAAAAAUAAGGAAAUGGGGGAAACGUUCAGUAUAGUACCCACAAGCGCAAUCAGUGGUGAAGGCAUUCCCGAUUUGCUGUUAUUGUUAGUCCAAUGGACUCAGAAGACAAUGGUAGAGAAGCUAACAUUCAGUAAUGAAGUGCAGUGUACGGUCUUGGAGGUUAAGGUUAUUGAAGGCCACGGGACAACAAUUGACGUAGUGUUAGUUAAUGGUGUGCUUCACGAAGGAGAUCAAAUUGUUGUUUGUGGCAUGCAGGUACCUAUUGUCACCACAAUUCGAGCAUUACUGACCCCCCACCCAAUGAAGGAACUCCGUGUUAAGGGAACUUAUCUGCAUCACAAAGAAAUCAAGGCCGCUCAGGGUAUCAAGAUUAAUGCACAGGGCCUGGAGCACGCAAUUGCUGGCACCGGUCUGUAUGUGGUGGGGCCUAAUGAUGAUUUAGAAGACAUCAAGGAAUCAGCCAUGGAAGAUAUGAAAUCAGUAUUGAGCAGGAUUGAUAAAAGUGGGGAGGGAGUGUGCGUUCAGGCCUCUACUCUAGGAUCAUUAGAAGCAUUACUGGAGUUUUUGAAGUCUCCAGCUGUAAAAAUACCCGUUAGUUGUAUCAGCAUAGGCCCAGUGCAUAAGAAGGAUGUCAUGAAGGCUAGUGUUAUGCUUGAGAAGAAAAAGGAGUUUGCUACGAUCUUGGCUUUCGAUGUUAAAGUGACGCCGGAGGCUCGGGAACUUGCGGAUGAAGCUGGUGUUAAGAUUUUCAUUGCUGAUAUCAUUUAUCACUUGUUUGAUCAGUUUAAGGCCUACAUUGAUAAUCUUAAGGAAGAAAAGAAGAAAGAAGCUUCUGAAGAGGCAGUCUUCCCAUGUGUUCUCAGGAUUAUGCCAAACUGUGUUUUUAACAAUAAGGACCCCAUUGUUUUGGGGGUUGAUGUUGUUGAAGGAAUUGCUAAGGUUGGAACUCCAAUUUGUAUACCACAGAGGGAGUUUAUUGAUAUUGGUCGAAUUGCUUCCAUUGAGAAUAACCAUAAGCCAGUUGAUUAUGCAAAGAAAGGCCAAAAGGUGGCCAUUAAGAUAGUUGGUAGCAAUUCGGAGGAGCAGCAAAGGAUGUUUGGGAGGCAUUUUGAGAUGGAAGAUGAGCUAGUCAGCCAUAUUUCUAGGAAGUCUAUCGAUGUUCUCAAAACUAAUUAUCGGGACGACCUGUCUAUCGAAGAGUGGAGGCUGCUUGCGAAACUGAAAAACCUUUUCAAGAUACAAUAAUUAGUUUUGAACUUCAACAUAUUGGUGGAGCACUUAAUCUUUCCAGAUGUGAUGAGGGGCUCUCAGGUCUGAGGCUGUGCAAUGUAAAGAAGCAGAGUUUUGGGAGAGGGAGGGAUCCAGCUUCCAUUUAAAUUGUGGCUGGUGCCCAAUUUUGCCUUUCACGAGUGAGUUGUUUUUUUUGUCUGCAACCAGAGCAAAUCAUCCUUUGUAUUUUUUAGGGUUUUUUUUUUGCUGUGACCGUGCCUGUGGUUCGUUUUAUGAAGGCGAAGCAGUAAUCCAAAGAUGGGGACGUAAAGAAGUCAGAAGAUGGUUUAGUGUCUGUUUUCCCGUGUUCUCUCAUUUCUGGUGUUGUGUUGAUAGUCAAAAUGUUGCUUUCCAGGUCCCUGCAAAAAGCUGGGUGCCCAGUUUGUGCAGGUCAUGGUGUGGAAACACACACAAACACAAUGAACACCCGAAACGAACACACACAAACGCGACGUACAACUGUUAAUCUCUCUUGAGUUUUGAAUGCAACCAGGUUGGGGAUUUUGAGUGAUUUGUUUCUGAAUUAACCAAUUUCGGACCCCAAACGAUUACUAGGAUUUGUUAUGAGGUUCUCCUCCCUUCUCCGAUCUCUCCUCACUCGCUGUUUCUCUAACCUUUUUGCCUCUUUUUAACUCAUGGUUUUGCAUGUCCUCCAUUUCCGUCCUCUUUUAAAUAGUUUCCGGUUUUGCAUGUCCUCUGAUCUGGCUUCAUCGCACCUCUUUAGUCGUGAACAUAGUGUCUAAUCCAGUCUAGAUUCUCCGUUCACUUUUUAUUCUGACCACAUUUUUUUUAUGGUAAUGCAGGCUGUCUCGGGCCAGCUUACGCGUAUGGCGAAGUGGCUCAAAAAGUUGUUGGCAAGAAGAAUCGAACUCUAGCCCUGAUUGCAGUAGUAUAAUCCAAAUUAAUCUUCUCAAGAUCCUUUAGCAUUUGAUUGCAUUUUAGCUUUUAACUUAGAAUUGGUCCAACACUUUAAAUCUCGAGGAUCUAAAUGUAGUACUAUAAACUUAACCGUCGGGGUACUAGUUUUUUACAUUUUGCUUGCAUUCUACCCA